AUCAGUAUCGGAGGAUAUUCGAAGGCUGGACGGACAUUAUUGGACACUAAAACACGCAAACAGAGAGAGUCCAGAAAUUCUUUGAUUUCAAUUUCAUUCGCUCCAAGAUUUGCUUCGUCCCACUUGGAAAGGAAACAUUUUCUUUUGAUUUCCAGGAGCAAGCAAGCCUCCCUUCCCGCCACUACGGAUGCUUGGGUUACCGUCAUUUCACCGUCAACGUUCCUUAAUCUCACCACCACCCACUCUGUUUCCGAAGCUCACAUCCAAAGCUUUCUACUUUCACAAUCGAUGCUUAGAGUUUGCUUCUUUGCCUCAAGUUUUGUCCCCAAACGUUUCUGGGUUCCCAAGACGUUUACUGGCGUCAAAUAUAUCGGUUUGCUUUUCGCCCGAUGAUGAUUUCGAUGUUGAAUUGGGCCGUCUGUUGGCGCUGUUGCCGGAAGAAAUGCGGCAAAGGGUCAGUGAGCACCCUGAGCUACUUCAAUUGAUUGAAGUAGUCAUGGAUUUGGGAAGGAAGCCUCUCGCUAGAUUUCCCUCCGGAGAUUUUGUGAUCUCGGACUAUCCUAUAACGGUUCAGGAUAUUGAGCAUGCAACCUCCCAGGUUGGGGACUUUGCUGUUGAUAAUCGAGCAGGAAUCAGCAGGACAUUACAUCGAAUUAGUGCCAUCAGAAAUCGGAAAGGUGCAAUUAUUGGUCUUACUUGUCGAGUUGGCAGGGUAAUAUCAGGCAGUGCUAAGUUGUUGAGAGACUUGGUUCAAGAUGGGGCCUCUUUGUUGCUCAUUGGGCCUCCAGGAGUGGGAAAAACUACGAUCACUAGGGAAAUUGCCCGGAUGUUGGCAAAUGAUUACAGGAAGCGUGUGAUGAUUGUUGACACCUCCAAUGAGAUUGGUGGUGAUGGUGAUAUGCCUCAUGCAGGAAUUGGUAGUGCUCGUCGGAUGCAAGUUCCUGACUCUGAAAUGCAACAUAAGGUGUUGAUAGAAGCAGUAGAAAAUCACAUGCCGCAAGUAAUUGUAAUUGAUGAAAUUGGUACAAAACUUGAAGCAAUGGCUGCAAGUACAAUAGCACAACGAGGGAUCCAGCUUGUUGCUAUAGCUCAUGGAGUCACAAUUGAGAAUUUGAUAAUGAAUCCCUCAUUAGAGAUGCUUGUUGGAGGAAUACAGAGUGUGACGCUGGGGGAUGAAGAGGCCAGCCGCAGGGGUCUUCAGAAGACUGUACUGGAGAGAAAAGGUCCAUCAACAUUCAGUUGUGCAGUUGAGAUAAUUUCGAAGACAGAGUUGCGGAUUCACCGUAGCCUUGAAGCAACUGUAGAUGCUAUUCUUUCAGGUCGCUUUCCACAUGUGGACAUCCGCAAGAUGGAUUCUCAGGAACAGGAAGAAACCAUGCACGAACCUGUUACAAACAGUUCUGAAAAGAAUGAUGAACUUAUGCUUGAAGAUGGUCCAGAAAUGUCUGGCGACCAAACCCGGCAAAAUGAAACACUUUCUCGGUUGCCUGUUGACAUGGUUGAGAAUUCAUGGCAACAUGGAUUACCAUUUCGCCUUUUUUGUUACGGGGAGGCAAGAAUGGCCAUGGAGCUUACUGUAAUCCCAAAAGGAGAACCUGUUGAUCUCCUCCCAAGGUCAUCUGCCAUAUUAUCACUUCAGCUAGAACUUGCACACAAGUACCAACUAGAAGCAAGGAAAAUCACCGGAGAUUCUGGCGUACAUCUAUGCAUCCUUCCAAACCAUUAUAGGAUUGAUGAAGAAAGAUUAGACAGUGAAGCUUCUGAUCCUGAUGUUGAAGGACUUGAUGAGUUUGCCUCUCCCAAUGGCAGUGUCAAAGGCUCCCCUUGCAGCGUGGACAGGCUGCCCCUCCUGCCUGAGUGAUUGUAAGUUUCUUAGUUGUCUGUAUAUCCCAUUCUUAUGUUGUAUGGAAAAUGAUGUUGAAGAACCCAGAAUUUAUAAUAUUGACAAAGAUUAAAAAAAUAUGUCUUUUAAGAAUUGUAGAAAGUAGUUAUCUUUGAUGCAUUUUAAGAUUAUCGCUCAUGUUCUUUAAAUUACGAUUUGUAAAUUUUUCUAUACACCCUUGUAACAUUCGGAAGACUAGGUUGUAAAUCAAACUGGUAACUUAUUUUUGUGAUCCUAAAA